CCAAUCUAUCUCUGUUCUCCCUGUCCACAAUCAAAUCCAAGUCUGACAGGUGAAAACGCCAUGCGGUCCAAGAUCCAUUGCGUCAUCCCACACGUUUCCCCAACUCGCGCAAAUAAUCGCCCUCUCCAAAUCGCAACUCAAAGUCGUCUCCUCCAUCCUUCUUCUCGACCCAGAGCUCAACUGUACCAAACAAACCACCUCCCUUCAAACCGAACACUACGACUUCUUCCCUCCCGAUUUACCUCCUUCUCAACCUUCUCAACCAUGUCCUCCGACGACGCCUAUAUGGCGUUCCUGAACAAGGCCAAUGCAGACUCCAGCGACGGCCAGGCCCAAACCACGCAAGAAUCCUCGGACAUCCUGCGCACCAAGAUAGUCGACAGCUCCCUCUCCAUCCCCAAGCCCCUCAAGAACGUCAACGCCUACUACGUCUCCGACACAGAUGAGCCCUUUGACCCCGUGGUGCUGAAGUGGGAUGCCGCAAAGGAUGAUACCUGGCCGAGUAUUGCCGAACUCGCCAGCCUAAUAUCCGAAUCCAACGACCUCUCCCGCUCUAUCGAAUCCCUCCCGCUCACCUCCUUCGACCCCAAAGAUCAAUACCCCGAGGUGCUCGGCGCAGUGCGGGCCGCUGCUGCGGAGAAUAACCCCGAUGCCACGCAGGAAGCUGUGGAGUUGAAGGUUUACCGUAUUGAGAUUACGACUACUCGCAUUGAGUACUGGAUUCUGGCCCUUCACGCGCCUGAGAAGAAGAUUGUCGGAUUGCGGGCUAAGGCUGUUGAGUCGUAGAUUAUGCAUUACUGCAGCGGCACUGCGACGCGAUGAGGGGAUGGAUACGAAUUCAGAUGGCAAUCGAAAUGGAAUGGGAGUUUGUGAUUUGAUCCUUGAUGUGGAAAUGAAAUGCUUUAGCAUGUUUUGCUUUUCAUACCCUGUUCCUGCUAGGCAGUUAUCCCUACGAGAAUACAAUGAGGAUAUGUGGUUUUUAUCAUGUAUGCAGGCAGUGUUUUGUGUAAGGAGCUGUGGAUAUUACUUGCUACACAGUACUUGACACUUGCUG